AUGGAUGAGCCAAAAGAAUACUUCUAUGGCCGUGCCGAACGCUCGGCGAGUUUUACGGAUGUAAACGACUGCAGUAAUCUAUGGAACGAAGACGAAGUCAUCGCAAUGGACAUUUACACUGCUUGUGCUAUCGGCGAAUACAGCUGUGUACAGCAGCAUCUAGCAGAUGGAGUGGAGUUAGCCGAUCUUGAUAAACCCAACUGUGGUGGAUGGACUCCUCUAAUGUACGCUGCUUACGUUGGCCAUGACAAUAUAGUUAAUCUGCUCCUCGACUACCAUGUUAAUGUGAACGCGACUACAGCAGAAAAUGGGGCUAACGCGCUUAUGCUUGCGGCAAGUUGUGGAAAUGAAUCUGUUGUUUACUUCCUACUGCAGAACGGUGCUAAGAUCGAUGCUCAAGACAAGAGAGGUUGGACUGGUUUGUUUUAUGCAACGUACCAAGGACAUCACAAGGUUGUACAGUUGUUGUUGGAGAACGGUGCUGACAUGGAGUUAAGGUAUUCAAUAUUCCCUUCAUUCUAAAUUAUUUAAACCUCUUGAAUAAUCUUUUUUUUUUUUUGCGUAAAUGCGCACACGAUUGAAGAAAAGUUAAAACUGAUACCGCCCUAAUAAAUUAAACUUCUCACGGUGUCAUUUUACCCACUGAUUGUGAGGCAUUUACUUUAGAAUAAUCUUCCAGGUAGCAGAUGAAUAUAAAUUUUUACGGUGACGAUCAACAAUAGCGGAGUGCAUCAAGUAUGCAAAGUAGAGUUUUACCUUUCUAGAAAUUCUUUUUUUUUUUUUUUUUUUUUUAAGCCAGUUAGAGCGUAUAAGAAAAAAAAAAGGAGAUGUUUGUUUAAUAACCCAUUUCCUGAUACAUCGCAAUGCAUAUUCUCUAUACUCGUCUCUUUGCUGACAAGGGGAAUUUGCUCAAAAAUCAAAAGCUUAUUUUGUUGGUUAUCCUUUCCUUUAUUCGUGUCACCUAACUGUGUGAUUCAGGGUUGAUAUUGUGAAGAGAAAUUACAAUUAUGGAAAAAAAUAUUUAAUGAUGGACCAAACUUGCCAAGGCCCUCAAUUUUUACAAUUAAUUUCCUAUAAAUAACACAUAAUAGAUGCUAGUUGCCUUUAGGAGUUAAAGUUUUAGUUUUCAAUUGAUUUUAGCACAUUUUCCUCACAACAAAAAGCAAUUAAAUAAUAUGUAGCACAGCUCCCGAGAUGAAAUGAUGUUGAGGUUCUUUCUUCAGAGAGCAGAGGAUAUUUGAAUUAGAUUUAUUGAUUUUCUCUCUCUUUGUAGGGAAUAUAGAUUUGGCCUGACUCCGUUACUGGCAGCUGCAAAGGAAGGACAUGAAGUCAUAUUUGAAGAACUUGUUAGAUGCAAUGCAAACAUGAAUGCUCACACAAACCGUGGAGAGGAUGCACGAUCUUUGGCUCUGCGGAAUGGGAACAUGGCUGUAGUAAACGUAAUUAAUCAGCAGGCCUUUCUCAAUAUGCCAAACAUUAUGCUGCGGAGUGAACCUGGUCUUGUACCUGAUGACAGUGACCAUGUUGAAGAUAAGGUUUGUGCAGCGCUUCAAGGAAAGAAUGUGAUCCCAAAGGUUGGGAUUCAAGAUGGACCAGAGGCCUUUAAAAAGUUGAUGAGCAGUCAUCAGAAUGAUGGAAAGCCAGUGAAUAUUCCUAGUAUGAUGGGAGAACAGGAAAGGGCCAGCCAUUUUGUCGGAAGUCCAUACUGUUUAGCCAACACACCAGGCACUCCUGUUGGUAGUUAUGAAUCUGAGCACUUUUUCAUUAACUGUGGCAGAACUGUUGAAAGUGCUAGCUUGCAUAAAAACUACAGAAAAUGCACAGUACUGGAAGUGAUGCCAGUAGACAACUUCAAGUUGGUGAAGCUUCACCUAUGAAACCAACUAUUGCAAACUUUCUGGAAGAUUUGAAUUUGACAAAAUAUAUUUCCACAUUUGAAGAUCAAGAUGUGGAUUUUAUUACACUACUAACCCUCACAGACAGUGAUCUAAGAGAAGUUGGAAUUUCAUUGUUUGGUCCAAGAAGGAAAAUUCUUACAGCAAUAUCAGACUGGAAGGAAGAAAAUAAUUAUUUGAACACAGAAAAUGACAGAAAAGCUCUGGAGGAAUGCCAACAUCAAGCUCACAAAAUAGAAGCACAGCUUCUUAAUGCCACUUCUGAAGUGAAGCAGCUUCAAACUCUUCUCUCUCAGGAGAAAGACUUGCGUCUUUGUGUUGAAGGUUGUCUUGUGGAAGAGAAGGCUAAACGACAAGAGAUUUACAUGAGGGUGUGUCAAAUGAGGGAACACUGGCAACAAGUGGAAGAAGAAGGGGAAAAUUUAAAAUCUCUAUGCAGAGAAUUAGAAGAGAAUGGUAACUUUUCUCAGGCAAGAGUGAAAGAGGUGUAUUGUAAACUAGCAAGCUCUAUUGAAAAUCUGGGAAAGGUUGUUCAGUUAGGUAAAACUGGUAUCAGUUCUAUUUUGUAUGUGGAUCAGAAUUCCCAAGAUGGGAAUUCCUCUGAAUCCUCUGGUAAUUCAAGUUCUUAAUCUUUACUCUUUAUAAACAAGAGCUGACGAGCAAGUCUCACACAAUACAAUGUGGCAUGAAAAUUACAUAUGAUACACUGCUUAGCUUCCUAUGUUCCUUGCCCCAUUUAUUCAUUUUGUCCCAGUGAUUUGGUGUAGCUAUUGUUCCUGUUAUGUAACCAAGUUGUUUUAACUCUGAGGUCCUGGGGGGAAUCUUUACAUGAUCUGGGCAACCACAGAUCAUUAGGCAUUGACCAUCAAGCACUUCGCUACUAACCUUCACCAUGCUUUUUUUUGCUUAACUUUACUAUUCAUUAUUCAGUAUAAAGGGUGAAAUUGUGGUGAAGUUGUGGUGGUAUGCUUUUAAAAUCACUCAUUUGCACUGAAUAAUCAAUUCUGGUGUAACAUAGAUAGAUGGUAUUGAGAAGUCAGAUGAAUUCUUGUUUCUGAUUCCAUUUUAUAACUUCUGCAUGUGCAUGUAGAUACUCUGGGCAAAGCUUCUAUUUAGUACUUUCUAUUUAGAAUACAGCUCAUCAGUUCUUAUUUUCUCUUUCUCUUGGUGAUAGAUAAACUUGUUGAUUGGCCACUGAUGUGAUGUAAUGUCUUAGAUUUUUCAUUGAAUUUGGCCUGAAAAUACUAGCUUGUAUAUGGUCUUUUGUUGCUUACAAAAUAAAUUGAAAUGUUACUUAGUAGACAGUUAAACUUCUUUCUUGCAGUAAAGGCAGUAAAUGCUUGUGAAUAUUUCUUCCAAUUAUUUUGUUAAUGAAUUUCUUGUUACUGGUAAGUUUUACUUUGAAAUUAAUUUAUUGAGAUUAAUACUUAUGAAAGAUAUCAGCAGUAUCCUCACCCCUCAAGGGAUGGGGCAAAGAGAUAUGAGCAGUAUCCUCGCCCCUCAAGGGAUUGGGACAGAGAGAUAUGAGCAGUAUCCUCACCCCUCAAGGGAUUGGGACAGAGAGAUAUGAACAGUAUCCUCACCCCUCAAGGGAUUGGAACAAAGAAAUUCUGACAUACUUCAGAAUUUAGUCCAUAAAAUACCCCAAUAUGCAUUGCAUCAUUUAUUCAAUAAAAAUUAAUUUAUUAAGAGUUUAUGGAAUUCAGAGUUGAGGUGUCCUUACCCCUCAAGGGAUUGUGGGAUAAGGAUACUGUGCUGCAAUGCAGAUUGAUUCGACUUAUGGCUCUAUAAAAAGAAAUUGCACCAUUAUUGAAUAAAUAUUUUAUAUUUGAGACUGAUCUUAAAUUUUUGUGUCAAAGUGAAGUAAAUUUUGUUAUGAAGAAACUCAAACAGGCAAAGGUACAUGCAUGUAAAGUAGAGAGCCACAUGACAAGUUUAGUAACUGGAGAGGAUGUUAAAGAAUAAAAUCAACUGUUUUCAUUUACAAAGGUUCUUGACCAAGUUGUUCAAAGUUAGGAUAAGAUAACCUGGUGUUAGUGUGAAAUCUGACCUCAGAUCUGAAAGCUUUAAAAGAAUAUU